AUGAUAAGGAAUGAAGGUGAAGAUAAAAGUGAAAAUACAAAAGUGUGUGUUGUUGAGAAAAUGACAUCGUCGAUUAAAAAUCAAAUUGAAAAACAAGAUCAUUUCACAAUGAUACCAAAGAUUAAUCUAACUUCAAGUUAUUUUCAUCAUUCAUCUUCAUUUCAGUUGAUCAACAAAACACUGAGUCAGCACUUUGAUGAAAUGGCCUUGAAGUAUUCCAAUGAGGAAUGUUUCAUUUUUAAAGGUGAACAAAAACGGUACACAUACAAAACAUUCAAAGAUGAAGUUGAUAAUAUCGCAGCAUCACUUCUUGACUUGGGUUUUGAAAAAAACGAUCGUUUUGCUGUUUGGCUUCCAAAUACAUCAGAAAAUGUAACAAUAUCUUAUGCAGCAUCUAAAUUAGGUUUGAUCAAAGUAAAUAUCAAUCCAGCUUAUGUCGAACGUGAACUUGAAUAUUGUAUAAAUAAAGUGGGUUGUAAAGGUAUUCUUCUCUCACCAUCAGUCAAAUCCAUCGAUUUACUUUCGAUUUUUCUUCGACUUGUUCCCGAACUCAGUCAACGAUCAUUGGCAGCUGGUCAACUCUCGGCUAAAUCAGUUCCCACAUUGAAAUAUGUCAUUCUAACUGGUGAACAGACAUCUCUACCAGGUACAUAUUCGUAUGUGAAUUUACUUAAACGAGGAGCUCAACUAUGUCACAAUAAACUAAUUGAACGACAAGCAUCGGUUGAUCCAGAUUCUGCUCUUGCAAUCUUCUUUACAUCAGGCACAACAGGUCAACCUAAGGCAGCAACAUUAACUAAUUUUGGUAUACUUAAUUUGGUUCGUGCUCAAUGGGAACUUCUAAAUCCAUUUUAUCAUCGUGUUUGUGUUCCUAUUCCAAUGUUUCACAUUUUUGCAGAAAUUUCCGGUGUGCUCAAUGUAGCUGUGGGUAAAUGUAAAGUUAUCUUUCCAGCUAUAUUACCUGAUACGUUAGCUACAAUGCGUGCGAUUCAUGAAGAAAAAUGUACAGCAUUGAUUGGAGCACCAAUUAUCUUUCGUGAUAUCUUAAAUCAUCCAGAUAAGAACAAAUAUGAUCUCAGUUCAUUGGCUUAUGGAGGAACAGGAGCAACAACGUUAACUUUGGAUUUUUUAUAUCAAAUCGAAAAAGAAUUUCCUAUCACACGAAUGGUUCAAGGUUAUGGAUUGACAGAAAAUGCUUCACUACUCACUAGUGGCAUGUGGGCUGGAGAUAAUGAUCCACAACGACGAUUAGGAUCAUUAGGUCGAUGUAUGCAAGGACUAGAAGUUAAAGUUGUCGAUCGCCAAGGACAAAUUGUUCCUAUUGGUCAACAAGGAGAAAUUUGGGCAAGAGGAUAUUCAAUUAUGCGUGGAUAUUUUGCUGAUCCCGAUAAGACAGCAGAAACAUUGACACCGUCAGGAUGGCUAAGAACAGGUGAUGAAGGUAAAAUGGAUGACGAUGGUUUUCUUUAUUUUAUUGGACGUCAAAAAGAAAUUAUCAUUCGUGGUGGAGUCAAUAUUUAUCCAAUUGAAAUUGAAAAUACCAUAUGUGAACAUCCAAGUGUUGCACAAGCACAAGUCUUUUCUAUUCCAGAUCAACGAUAUGGUGAAGAACUCUGUGUUUGGAUCAUUUUAAAAUCAAAUAUCUCACAUUGUCAAUCAGAAGAUAUUCAAAAGUUUCUUCAAAAUAAAUUAGCUUUCUUUAAAAUACCAAAAUAUAUUAGAUUUGUUGACAAAUUCAUUACAACACCAACUGGAAAAGUACAAAAAUUUAAAAUGUCUCAAAUUAUGGCUACGGAAUUGAAACAAACAAUUAGUAAACUAUAA